AUGCAAAACAGCAAAGAUCCAGACGGCUGCACUUACAAACAGUGCUCUGUCGGAUUGUUGCGAGGGCCGCGCUGUCGAAGACCAAUCCACAAAAGCGAAUCAAACAAGAGGACCAAAAUACGAACCAACGUCAAUCGCCUCGUUGAAGAAUACUGUUCACACAGUACCAUCCACGGAAUGAGUUAUAUUGGCUCCAAGAGGCGAUCUCUCCUGGAGCGGCUCUGGUGGAUAUCCGUAUUUGUCCUGUCGGUGUACGGCUGUGGGAUGUUGAUAGAAAAGAUCUACCAGAAAUGGACAAAUACACCGGUAAUUGUGUCGUUCGAUGAACGACCCCUGCCGGUGUGGAUGAUUCCCUUUCCGGCGGUCACCAUCUGCCCGGAAGCCAAAAUAUCUUCGAAACACAUGAACUUCACCGAAGACUUCUACCGUUUGAUCAACUACGAUCAGUCGUGGGAACCGCUGGACGACAACCGGCGAAACCGCCUGUUGGCAGUUCUUCAAAUUUGCGAUGACUUUUUCCAUUACAAUGAAAACUAUCCGGAAUUGUACGCUGAGACAAAUCAUCGUGUUGACGUGGUUGGUAUUCUCCGACACUUAUCCGUCAACGUAGAUCAUACUAUUUUAUCGUGCUGGAUCAAUGGGAGAGAGUGCAAUAAUCUUUUCACAGAGACGCUAACUGAAGAAGGAAUCUGUUUCACGUUCAAUGGAUUCUCUACUUAUGACAUGUUCAGGGACGGGGUUUUACACAACGACUACAGCUAUCUAAACGAACCUAAAAACGUCACUGAUUGGACAGUGGAAGCAGGUUACAAACCGGACGAGAACCUCUCUUCGCAUCCCAUUCGGGCACUGGGAUCGGGAUUCGGAGCCGGGUUAACCAUGCAGUUGAUGGCUGCGGAAGACAACAUCGAACAGCACUGCCGAGAGCAGCAGGGAUUCAAGGUCAUAGUACACCCGCCGAGCGAAUAUCCUCAAGUCACGAAAAAGUUCGCCCUGGUAACUUACUCACGUGACGUAACUCUCGCCAUACAUCCGGUAAUUAUGAAAACCUCCGCCGAGCUUCGCAGUUACCAUCCCAAACGGCGCCACUGCUACUUCAACCACGAGCGUUGGCUGAAAUUCUUCCGCGUCUACACCCAAAGCAACUGCGAGCUGGAAUGCGUAACGAACUACACGCUCAAAACGUGCGGUUGCGUCAAGUUCUCGAUGCCACGCUCGGCUGGAACGCGACUUUGUCAGACGUCGGAAAUCGGUUGCGUAUUGCAGGCCGAGUACAAAAUGUUGAAACAUUCGGCCAAGCGGCGACUGCAGAAGCUGCAGACCUACGAUACGGCGUGCGAUUGUAUUCCAGAGUGCAUUUCGAUACAGUACGACGCGGAGAUUACCCACUCGAAAUGUGAUUUUAAAAAGACACUGGAACUACGCUAUGGACCGAUCAACCCACCCGUGAGGGAAGCCAUUUGGAAGAAGCAAAUCUCCAAGCUGGCUGUCUACUUCAAAGACGUGCAGUUCAUUGCAUCGAAGCGAACCGAGCUCUACGGGAUGACGGAUUUCAUUGCAAACUGUGGCGGAAUUCUAGGACUGUGCCUGGGAGUGAGUUUGUUCAGUGUGGUUGAACUGUUGUAUUACUGCUUGGUGCAUCCGAUGCUUAUGAUGAAGAAAUCUCUCGGAGGCAAGCGAAAGGUCGCGAUAGUACGAGAAUGCGAAGGGAAUCGAUUUUGA